ACCAACUAGAAGUGACGAAAGCUUAACGAGCUUAUUCGAUUACAUCCUUUUAAGCCCUUCCAAUCAUUGAGAAACGCCCCACCAUAUAAAGAAAUUAUCCGUUUGUUAAAUCUUACCAUCGUCAUAUCCAGAAUCCUGGCGCUUAUAUACAAGCGUGGUUUCGCUUCGGUUGGGCUGCUAGUACGAGGGUUGUCUCGUUCUUGGUACCUUUACUCUGCCGUUCACUUUUCGAGAACCCGGUCAGUACUUCAAGCUAGGCUUCUACCGUUGCCGUUUACGCAUAGCUUUCAUCAUAAAAGCAAGAGUAUCUACGACGGCAAGCGAAGUAGGAGAAGCAGAAGAAUUCUAGACAUGGCGGACAACGACGAGUACGUCGAAAGGAUGGAGGACCUGGCGCUGAAAGGAAAAGGGAGAGGUGGCCGUGACCGUCGUGGUGGUGGUAGAGGAGGUGGAAAGGGAGGCAGAGAUCGUAAUACGCAGAUCUCGAGGGCGCUAUCGCAACUUCUGAGACAUCAGGCUGAGAGUGCGGGGAUUAAGUUAGAUGCUGAGGGAUAUGCGCCUUUGGAUAGAGUGUUACAAUGGCCACGAAUACGCUCACUUAACCCAACAUUCGAGGAAAUCCGAAAUGAGGUAUCAAAUAACGCGAAGCAGCGGUUUGCCAUGAAGCCCAAGGACCCGUCUACGGAUGUGGAAAGUGCUCUAGCUGAAGCAGAUCCUGCGGCUUGGCUUAUCCGCGCCAAUCAAGGCCACAGUAUUGCGUUAGCGGACGAGGCGAUACACACGCCCAUCACGCUCGAAGCCGGUAAUAUACCGGAAAUUGCAGUUCACGGUACAUACUUUGCUUUCUGGUCGGCUAUCGUGGCGUCAGGUGGCUUAAAGAAGAUGAACAGACAACAUGUACAUUUCGGCACCGGACUUUUACCAGAAGACGAUGGGAAAGGUGGGGGUAAGGAUAAGGAGAAAGUAGUUAGCGGGAUGCGGUCAGAUGCGGAAUUACUCGUAUUCGUGGACGUGGAGCGCUGUCUCAGGGAAGAGAGCGGCAUCCGGUGGUGGAUCAGCGCCAAUGGGGUUGUUCUAACGGAAGGUGAUGAACAGGGAUUGGUGCCGCUGAAGUAUGUGAAGGAAGUGAGGGGUCGUAGACAGGGUGUUGGCGUUUUGUGGCGCGAUGGUGGGAAGGUGACUGAUUUACCGCCUGAUAUUGUUGCCAAAAUACCUAUGGGGAAGGGUAGAGGGGGUGGUGGCGCUGGUGCGGGAAGAGGAGGAAGAGGGAACCGGAGAGGUGGGAGAGGGAAGGGGGAGGCGUAGAUAUAAUAUUUAGCAGGGAAUACCUACGUAAAAAAUGAAAAUAAGAAAUAGCAAUGAAUACAGAGACAAGUACUACUUGUACUAAA